AGCGAGCAACGCUAGCGAACGCACGCAAAACGCGCUUUAAGUAAAAACUAAACUAAGACAGCCAGCUAAACAGAUCUAUAAGAUACCAAGCAAAUAUAUACAUAUAUCGAUUACUAUUUAUACAGACUUAAGUCUACACAAGAUUUUCAAGUGCCCAUCAGUGCAAAUUGAAAGUGUUUUAAUUCUCGAAUUUAAGUGUGUACUUAUGUGUGAAUGAUGAAGGACUUUGGCAAAAUGUUUGCGCGUCCCUACAGUGCAGUCAGUGCUAGCGAUGAGGAGGCCGGCAUUAAUGCCAAUCGGCCCAACUCGACGCAUAAUGAUAGCUCAACCAUGGCCGCAACAGCAGCUGCCUCAGCCAUAUCCUUGCCCAAAACAGACGCAUCCUUGGCGGCGGCCCAACGUCGCAAAAGCUUGAAGGCAAAUCGCUCCAUGAAGCCCAUGGACAUUCUGGGCAGCUUCUUCAACGAACAGCAUCACAGCAAGCGCAGUGCUCGCUCUCCAACACGUGCCUUUUUGUUGCUGGCCAUUGGAUUUUUGGCUAUAACAACGGCGGUGCUGGUUAAAGUAUUUCAACCCUAUGAUUUGAUAUUCAAAUGGAAAUUGAUUAUGGCCGAAAACGGUGAGAUUUUCAAUCUCUGGGCCAAACCACCAGUCGAUUUGUAUAUCAAAAUAUAUUUAUUCAACAUUACCAAUGCUGAGGCCUUUCUGGCGGGUCGCGAAAAGUUGCAAGUGGAACAAGUGGGUCCCUAUGUCUACAAGGAGCUGAUGACACAUGAGAAUAUUACGUUCAACGAUAAUAAUACAGUGUCUACAACGCCAAGUCAUCCAUUGGUUUGGCAGGAGCAUAUGUCCGAGGGUCGUCGGGAGGAUGAUGAAGUUGUUAUGCUUAAUAUUGCUAUGCUGGCCAUAUCUCAUCUGACGGCCAAUCAUAAUUAUUUCUUUGUGCGUCUGCCGCUUCAAGGCCUUUUUGCCAGCACCAAAUCGGAGCCGAUUGUUCGCAUGACAGCCAAGGAGUUCAUGUUCGGAUAUCCCUCAGCGCUGGCCACGCUGGGCAACACAUUCUUGCCCAACUGGAUCUCGUUUGAGAAAGUGGGUCUGAUCGAUCGCAUGUAUGACUUCUCAUCGGAUUUCGAGACAUUCUAUACGGGUGUGCCCAAUCCGGCCAUAUCGGGUCUAUAUGCCACAUAUCGCGGCGAGACAACGCUGCCCAAUUGGGAGACCGAUCAUUGCAGCAACAUUGAGUACGCAUCCGAUGGCACCAAGUUCAAAAGCUUCAUUCAGCCCAACGAUACCGUCAAAUUCUUCAGAAAAAGCAUGUGCCGGCCCAUCAAUUUGUAUCGCGUUGGUGAGGAGCGCACUUUUGGCAGUCUGAGGGGCUAUGACUAUGUCUUUGAGGAUAAUGCCUUUGAUAAUGGCGCUACUAACGAGGCCAACAAGUGCUUCUGUCGUAAUGGCGAUUGUCAACCAGUUGGCCUUAUUGACGUCACGGACUGUUAUUACGGUUUUCCAAUCUCGCUAAGCUUUCCGCACUUUAUGAAUGGCGAUGUGGGUCUGGUGGAAAAUGUAACUGGCAUGAAUCCCGAUCCUGAGCAGCACUCAACAGCGUUUGUCAUACAACCGGAAUCCGGUCUGCCGUUGUCGCUGUCCGUAAAAGUGCAAAUCAACAUGCAUUUCAAGGAUCUGCAAAACUAUCCGCAAGUUUCGCGGUUUAGUCACCUCACAGCACCCAUGCUCUGGUUUGAGAUUAUGAUGCCCAAGCUGCCCGAUGAGCUGGACACACGAUUCAAUUUCUACUUAAACCUGCUGCCCCUGGUCAAUCCCAUUGGCUUCUGGGCUGCGCUGCUGCUGGGCGUCUGUCUGCUGAUUUAUGCCAUAACCCGCGCCACACUGCACAUGUCCAGCUUUACCCGCCAGGCCACCAACAUCUCCGAUGGCAAAUAUGCGCGCGCCAAUCUGCUGCAGAAUCUGGCGGGCAAUGUGGCCGGCAUUGGCUCUGGCAACCAGGUGUAUAAUCCCUGCGAGCUGCAGCUGCUGGAUGACAAGAAGCAUGUGAUUAUACGCGACAGCGCGGAACAGGAGCAGUCGUAUCAGGAACGCCGUCAGUCUGCCUUUGCCUUGGAACUGGAGCCUGCGAUCUCCGAUGCGGAAAGCAGCGAUGAGGGCAAUGAGAGUGAUACGGUGACGCUUAGUCGCAACUCCACCACAUCGAGCUCCUGCAUCGAAGUGGAGAACUGCGAUGAUUGCCUGGAUUGCUUUGAGGAAAGCGAUUUGCAGUUGGAUGCAGUGCAGCAGAGUAGCAAGCAAGAGCUGGGCGUUAGUUUGGCCAGCAGUGGAUUUGCCUCUUCGCCUGCCUCCGCCAGCAGUUACAGCUCGAACUCGAGCUCGCCGAUGUUUGCGGAGAGCAAUAAAAACCCAAACAGCGAGGCGAAUAGUCACGGUCGGAGCAAUAGUUGGUUACCCUAUGCCCAUCCGGAGCAGUUUGGCGGUAUAGCAACAACGAAGCCAUAAUUUUUAGAAAUUUAAGUUACACGUUUAGCUGUUAGUUUAGGUUGUCGGUAAAUGCAUGCAUACUAUACUAUACUAUAUACUAUAAUUUAGCAAAUAUGUAUGUGCAUAUGUGUGUGUCUUUUAUGUUGGGCAUUGGCAUCGCCGCUUUGGUUUGAUAUAGCAUUUGAGAUGUAUUGUAAAUAAUAUGAAAACCAAUUGCUGGUUUUAUUACUGUGAUAGCUUUAAAAAACAAAAAACAAAAACAUAACGAUUGUAAUUGUCCCCGACCCACAUAUGAUACAUAGCUAUACAUAUAUAUAAGUGUAAGCAGCCUUAAACAUACUUAGUGUACACGCGCGCCACCUCCAUGAGGUAUCCAACAAAAUAAUUUGAAUUUAUAACUGAAUUAUAGCAAAUUAUCAGACGGGAGUCAAUAAGAGAAUUUGCACAACAAUUGUAAUUCGAGUUUUUAAAUCUAUGCUAAGAAUUGCUGUGAUUUUUGUAUUGAAGCAGAAUUUAUGCGUAAGCACAAGUUAAAAAUAUCUUAGCCCUAGACUAUGUAAUUUAGCAUUUAAUCUGCAGUAAA